CUCAAGAUCCGGGCGGAAACAGGGGGUAGGUAGGUGCUGCAAGACAGAGCCUAGGUUGUUUUACAAAACCUCCGGGGGAAGCCCGAGGGCGGUUCAAAUCGGAGUUGCUGGGUUUUGCUCCUCCUUGGCAAGACUCACUUGUGGGGAGCGGCCACUCCUUACUGCUGAAACCUCGGGGCUGCUUCCCAGUUUGCCGUUUAGCUGAGUAGGGUGCGGAGCUGGAACCUCUGGCCACCCACCAUGUGGGCCUUUCCCGAGGUGCCGAUUCCGCUGCUGGUGAAUUUGAUCGGCUCGCUGCUGGGAUUUGUGGCCACGCUCACCCUCAUCCCGGCCUUCCGUGGCCACUUUAUCGCUGCGCGCCUCUGUGGCCAGGACCUCAACAAAACCAACCGGCAGCAGAUCCCAGAAUCCCAGGGAGUGAUCAGCGGUGCUGUUUUCCUUAUCAUCCUGUUCUGCUUCAUCCCCUUCCCCUUCUUGAACUGCUUCGUGGAGGAGCAGUGUAAGGCCUUCCCCCACCAUGAAUUUGUGGCCCUGAUAGGUGCCCUCCUUGCCAUCUGCUGCAUGAUUUUCUUGGGCUUCGCGGACGAUGUCCUGAAUCUACGCUGGCGCCAUAAGCUGCUGCUGCCCACAGCUGCCUCGCUCCCUCUCCUUAUGGUCUAUUUUACCAACUUUGGCAACACAACCAUUGUGGUACCCAAGCCCUUCCGCCCAAUUCUUGGCCUUCAUCUGGACUUGGGGAUCCUGUACUAUGUCUACAUGGGGCUCCUGGCAGUGUUCUGUACCAAUGCCAUCAAUAUCCUAGCCGGAAUUAAUGGCCUAGAGGCCGGCCAGUCACUGGUCAUCUCUGCCUCCAUUAUUGUCUUCAACCUGGUGGAACUGGAAGGUGAUUAUCGGGAUGAUCAUAUCUUUUCCCUCUACUUCAUGAUACCUUUUUUUUUCACCACCUUGGGAUUGCUCUACCAUAACUGGUACCCAUCUCGAGUGUUUGUGGGAGACACCUUCUGUUACUUUGCUGGCAUGACCUUUGCCGUGGUAGGCAUCUUGGGACACUUCAGCAAGACCAUGCUACUCUUCUUCAUGCCACAGGUGUUCAACUUCCUCUACUCACUGCCUCAGCUCCUGCAUAUCAUCCCCUGCCCUCGCCAUCGUAUACCCAGACUCAAUACCAAGACAGGCAAACUGGAGAUGAGUUAUUCCAAGUUCAAGACCAACAGUCUCUCUUUCUUGGGCACCUUUAUUUUAAAGGUAGCAGAGAGACUCCAGCUAGUGACAGUGCACCAGAGUGAGGAUGAGGAUGGGGCCUUCACUGAGUGUAACAACAUGACCCUCAUCAACUUGCUACUUAAGAUCUUUGGGCCCAUACAUGAGAGGAACCUCACAGUGCUCCUGCUGCUGCUACAGAUCCUGGGCAGUGCCGUCACCUUCUCCAUUCGGUACCAGCUUGUCCGACUCUUCUAUGAUGUUUGAGUUCCCGAAGAUUGCCCUUUACCACACAGUCUCCAGGGGUCCUGACUCGGGCCAGCCUGUCUGGUCCUGUGGGCCUCUCCCAGUCUUUACUCUCCUCCAGAUUUUAUUCCUAGCAUUUUCCUUCACCUGUGAUUAUCCACAUCCGGGGCCAUUUUUGCUCUCCAGUGACUAUUAAUUGGACUUUGCCUAUAGCCUCCUCCAACUUGCCACUUUCCCUACCCAUCACAGCCUAAGGCGGGAUGUAGCAGCUUUUAUGCAGAUAUCCACAACUCAGCUUUCAGAGUCCUCUCAAGGAAUAUGCUGGGCCUGAGAUAGAACCUGGGCUAGGACUAGGGACAUUGGCUCAAAGGUGACUUGAUAUUUGAUUAUAAAUUAAGUAUUCUGAUUAGUAAGAGGGGCCAGGUGCUCCCAAUGGUGACAAUAAAGUGUUACCUUUUUCGUCUUGUUCCUGUA